AUGGCGGUCUCCAAGGCUUCGCUCAUGGCUCUCCUGGCUGUGACUUUCGCUGUGCUUUCUCUCUUCGGAGCUGCUCAAGCCCAAACCUUGGAAGCCCCGGCUCCGAGCCCCACCUCCCCUGCUGUCUCUACCUCCCCGUCCUUGGCCUUCGCUUUCCUCGGCUCCGUCGUGGCUCUUGCCUUCGGAUCUGGGCGCAGGGCGUGGAUUUCCACAUUUAUAGUGAAUGACCAGUUUCCAUUUGACAUAGCUGAAGCAGAAAAAAUAAGGAACUGCAAUGGUCGGGUGGCUGCACUAAACCAUGAACCGCAUAUUCAAAGGGUAUGGCUGCCCCAUGAUGACACUCCGGGCCUUGCCAUGCCACGAGCUUUCGGAGACUUCAUACUCAAAGACCAUGGCAUCAUUGCCAUCCCGGAUAUCAAGUAUCACCGCCUAACUCCCAACGACCAAUUCAUCAUUCUUGCAACUGAUGAGAGUGAACAAGCAGCAGCAAGAGUGGUGGCGGAGGCAGCUACCACUGCAUGGAAAAAAGAAGUUCCCUACUGCAAAAGUAGAUGA